AUUCACAGUACCAGUGACCGGGGAGCCGUUAAGUGGUGGUUGAGGAGUGGCAACGAAGCUCGAUAAGUCACCACUAGGCUGGGCGGAUACGCAGUGCAUGUCACCAGACUUACUGGAGUGCAUUUGUGGAUUUCAGUUGCCUACGCACCAACAAGAAAUGAAAGUUAGGCGAAUGUCGCAUCGACGUGCUUUUCGGACAGUAGAGAUCUGGAAAGCUAAGUGAAGCGAGCCAGAAACUUGUUCAAGAAUUAGGCACUGGAGUUGAGGCAAGUACCUCGCAUCAAGACGGCUCGCUUUCGUCGUCUUCACUUCAAAUCAAGCCAACUCUUUAAGACUUUCCUUCAGCCUAUCCAUCCACAUAGAGGCUCCUCAGCACGCCACUUUGUGAUCCACGAUGUCUUUAUUUCUGCUGAAUCUGCUGCUCACAUGCUGUGGAGUACUAGGGGAGGUGUCGUCACUGUCAGGCCCUCCGUACCCCUCCGACGACAUCCUGACAGAGCUGUCCGACGUGCCCUCUCCCUUCGUCUCCACCAUCGACGGCUCCUAUCCAAACGAAGAGGUCGUCGAGUUCAUACCCGCGUUCCUGCCUUUUCGCGGUACGGUGAAGCCCACACCGUCGGAUGAGUUCUUAGAGGACCUUUUGGAGUUCUUCAGCACAGUCAUGGUGGAUCCUGGAGACCCAGACCUUGUCUUCUUUCCUUCAGACCAUCAAGAGACCGGUCAUCCUAUUCGCACCGGUUCGAUCGUCCCUGUGAAUCGUUCCCCAUCGGUUCUCCCAUAUCCGCGAACGUCUCCUGUGAAUCACGAUAGAGAUUUACGUGGUCCUUCUAGAAAGCUUGAGACGGCUGCAAAGGAGCUUAUCCCGCGAGGUUCCAAGCAAUCUUCCACUGCCCUACAGGCAUUUGGUGCCGCAACCAGCGACGCCACACCUUUGAAAAGACUGAUGUGCAUUACCUUGCUACGACCAGUUAGGCUCCAGCAACCAGAUCCAAGAAGCUCCAACACUCGCCAGAGAAGUAGCACAGCUCCAGUAAUCCAAGCAGUUACCAGUUAUUACUGGUACGGUAAAGGCAAGCGGAAGCGGUGUCCAGAGACGCUAGCGAGGGGAUCCGAACACAGGCCAAACAAGAACAACAAGAUUAAUUCGUCGUCUUUGAUACAAAACUCCAAGGAUCAAACAUCUCAUUUGAGACAGCCACUCCCUCGUCGAAAGAACAUCACCAUGCUGAAACCUCCACCAACGCCUCCGAUGGGCAAAGCUAUGCUGAAGCCCCCACCUACUCUCCAUCACCACUCGGCGUCUAAAUCACAUCCAAACCACGGACACCUCCUGAAGUCUCCACCAACUGCCGCCAGAUCCUCCACGCCUCAGGCGUCUUCAUCACUUCCUUCGGGAGUAGAGCUGGUGAACCUGACGGCCAUCUACGGCAGUAGCGGCAGCAACUGCACGUGCCUGCCGGUCAACCGGUGUCCUGAAGGACGGGGAAGGAAGGCAGCGAGAUGUGGUCGGAUUCAUGUCUGCUGUCCCGAUGAGCUGCUGUUGCACACUAAAUGCGGCGUGCUGGAGCAUGAGGCGAGGAGAGACAAGAGCCCAGGCGUCGGCCCACUGUCGGCGCCGUGGGCGGCCACCAUUCUACUGAAGACGCCCUCGGGGUACGCAUUCGUCUGCGGCGGGGCGCUGAUUCACCCUCGGGCUGUCAUUACAGACGCUCGCUGUGUCCGAAGGUGA